AUGAUGUACGAAUUAAGCAAUAAAUACAUGAUUGAUGUAAAAAGAUGUAUAAAAGUAUAUAGAGCAUGUCUUAUUUUACAUGUCAUUCUAGCCAUAUUACAAUUGUUGACCCCUAGACCGUUUUUGUUUCUUUCCCAUUUAGUAGUAGUAUUUAUCGGGAUUGAUUGUUUUUGUUCAUAUUUAACAUUUAAGUAUUUUUGUUUUACUGUUGUAAAUAUGAUAUGUGGAAUUAGUGACUUUAUAUGGUUACUUUUCAAAUGUAUAGGUAAAAAUAAAUUUCAAUGGUUAGAUCCUCAACAUUAUUGGAAAAUAAUUAAUAUGGAUAAUAUAUUUCUUGAAUUUUUAUCAACAUCAUUACACUAUAUGAUUGAAGAUAAAGAAAGUGAUGAAGAAUCACCUCAAAAUUUACAAAAGAAAUAUGAAUAUAUUAAAAACUUUUUUAAAUUACUACCAAUACAAAAAAAAACAUUUGCAUGGAAAAUUUAUAUUGAACUAUUUAUAAUUGUUAUAGGAAUAUUUUUAUAUUUUAUUGGAUCACAUAUUAGUUGGCAGUUAUAUAAGUAUUCUUUAAAUUAUAAUCAUAAUGAUCUUAUAUUUCCUAAUUAUCAUUAUGGUACUUUUAACGAUGAAAAUAAUAAAAACAACCCUUCACCACAAAGUGAUUUUAUACCUUUUAUUGGGCAACCUUACAGAAUAUCUGACUUUCUAGAAAAAAAUUAA